AUGUGGGGGGGGUUCCAGCAGUAUCAGGACACCAUGUGGGGGCCUUCCAGCAGUAUCAGGACACCAUGUGGGGGGCCUUCCAGCAGUAUCAGGACACCAUGUGGGGGGCCUUCCAGCAGUAUCAGGACACCAUGUGGGGGGCCUUCCAGCAGUAUCAGGACACCAUGUGGGGGGGUUCCAGCAGUAUCAGGACACCAUGUGGGGGGCCUUCCAGCAGUAUCAGGACACCAUGUGGGGGGGCCUUCCAGCAGUAUCAGGACACCAUGUGGGGGGGCCUUCCAGCAGUAUCAGGACACCAUGUGGGGGGCCUUCCAGCAGUAUCAGGACACCAUGUGGGGGGCCUUCCAGCAGUAUCAGGACACCAUGUGGGGGGGCCUUCCAGCAGUAUCAGGACACCAUGUGGGGGGCCUUCCAGCAGUAUCAGGACACCAUGUGGGGGGGGCCUUCCAGCAGUAUCAGGACACCAUGUGGGGGGGCCUUCCAGCAGUAUCAGGACACCAUGUGGGGGGGGCCUUCCAGCAGUAUCAGGACACCAUGUGGGGGGGGGCCUUCCAGCAGUAUCAGGACACCAUGUGGGGGGGCCUUCCAGCAGUAUCAGGACACCAUGUGGGGGGGCCUUCCAGCAGUAUCAGGACACCAUGUGGGGGGGGCCUUCCAGCAGUAUCAGGACACCAUGUGGGGGCCUUCCAGCAGUAUCAGGACACCAUGUGGGGGGGCCUUCCAGCAGUAUCAGGACACCAUGUGGGGGGCUUCCAGCAGUAUCAGGACACCAUGUGGGGGGCCUUCCAGCAGUAUCAGGACACCAUGUGGGGGGCCUUCCAGCAGUAUCAGGACACCAUGUGGGGGGGGCCUUCCAGCAGUAUCAGGACACCAUGUGGGGGGCCUUCCAGCAGUAUCAGGACACCAUGUGGGGGGGCCUUCCAGCAGUAUCAGGACACCAUGUGGGGGCCUUCCAGCAGUAUCAGGACACCAUGUGGGGGGCCUUCCAGCAGUAUCAGGACACCAUGUGGGGGGGCCUUCCAGCAGUAUCAGGACACCAUGUGGGGGGCCUUCCAGCAGUAUCAGGACACCAUGUGGGGGGGCUUCCAGCAGUAUCAGGACACCAUGUGGGGGCCUUCCAGCAGUAUCAGGACACCAUGUGGGGGGGCCUUCCAGCAGUAUCAGGACACCAUGUGGGGGGCCUUCCAGCAGUAUCAGGACACCAUGUGGGGGCCUUCCAGCAGUAUCAGGACACCAUGUGGGGGGCUUCCAGCAGUAUCAGGACACCAUGUGGGGGGCCUUCCAGCAGUAUCAGGACACCAUGUGGGGGGGCUUCCAGCAGUAUCAGGACACCAUGUGGGGGGCCUUCCAGCAGUAUCAGGACACCAUGUGGGGGGGGGCCUUCCAGCAGUAUCAGGACACCAUGUAGGGGGGGGUUAUGCUCUCCCCACUUCCCCACCGUUCACAUAUAAUGUAUCCCAGGCUAAACACGCGGUACCGAAGCGCUAA